AUGGAUUCAAUCGAAGAAUAUGGAUAUGAACUUAAUUGCUUAUUAAAACAAGUAAGAGAAUUUAGAAGAAGUGAUAUAAAAGGUCAAAUGAUUGCAAUAAGGACAGAUAGCAAUGGUAAAAAAUACACAGAAGUAUUAGCAGAAAGGAUUUUUAAAGCAGAUAGCGAUGUUGAAUCAAGUGAUGAUUCAUAUGAUAUCAUUGAAGAUGUAAAAUCAGAUAAAAUUAAAUCAGGAAACGCGCUUAAUAUUAAUGAUAUAAUUGGCAAUAGGAAUCCAAAUAUUAAUGGAGAAACGAUUAAUAGCCAUUCAAAUAUUAAUCAAAACAUUAAUGAAAGAAAUUCAAAUAUUGAUGGAGAAACGAUUAAUAGCCAUUCAAAUAUUAAUCAAAACAUUAAUGAAAGAAAUUCAAAUAUUGAUGGAGAAACGAUUAAUAGCCAUUCAAAUAUUAAUCAAAACAUUAAUGAAAGAAAUUCAAAUAUUAAUGAUGAAAUUACUGAUGGUCAUCAAAAUAUUAAUGGACGCAUAUUGAAACCAAAAUCAAAUAAUAAUAAAUCUCGGCAAGCAAUCCCCAAAUUACCUCCUAAUUUUAUACAAGUAAAUAGAGUAAACAUCCAAGUUCCUCCAGCGCCAGCUCUUCCUCAACAGAGACAACAACAAUCUCUUCCAACUCAGGCUCUUCCUAAACAACAACCACAUAUAACUGAUAAUUUAUCUUUUGAUAACUUUAUUAACCCUCAAAUUAUUAUUGAUAAUGCGAAAGUAUAUCAAAGUAUUUCCGACAAAAGGAGUCAAUAUAAUCUUUCCAAAACCAUUUGCGAACAAUGUGUUGCAAACUACAAUAUAUUGAACAAAGAUGAUAAAGAAGCCCAGAGAAUAAAAAUUAGUGAUAUUUUACGUACUUAUCAUACAUUUAGUAUAUCUGACUCUGACAAACUUGCCUAUAGGAAAACGAUAUAUCCUCAAGGUAUUCCAUUACGAUUUGAACGUUAUUAUUGCAAGAAUGAUCAUUUAGAGUUACACUAUUAUUGUGCCAAACGAAAAAUGUGGUUAUUCACAAAUUAUAUCAUUAUUUCCAGCUGGUUCGAAUAUAA